AUGCGCUCUUACAUCUUCAUGGUCCUCGCGGCCCUCUUCGCACUUGCUUGUGCAGUACCAAUCACACCAUCAGCACCUCGACUUCAAAAACGGGCUGAGCAAUACCGACUACAGGGGCUGGCAGAGUUCCAAAUUGCUGAGCGCCUUUCAUCUUCAGCGUCGUCAUUUGGCGUUGAUCCUUGGCGGGCCCGUCUCAACAAGAAGUUGCACGCACUUCUGGAUGCUCCAUCAAUAGAUGAAGAGGGAAAGAUCACAAUCGAGGAGGUAGAAGACUUCUCUGGCGAUAUCGCACCUGGUACUCUGGAAGCGCCCUCAGCCCUUCCCAAGGCCUUGAAGGAAGCCAGUAUGUAUGACAGGCUAUGUGCGAUGUUCCACCGCGCAGAGAGCAGUUUUGGGUAUGAGGGCAAGGAGUUGGAACUGCGUCGACCUGAAGGAGUCCAAAACUGGAAGCAGUCUUUUGGAAGUUUCCGCCGUCGCCAUUAG